AAAAAAGCUGAAAAGAAAUUUUUUGCACAAAUAGAGGAGAAAAAAAUUUGUGUAGCCAAUUUUAGUGUAGUAGGCCAAAAAAAUUCACAACAUUCCAUUAGAUUAAGACAAAUUCUCAUCAUGCCAAAUAGAAUAAUUAAGCGAUAUCGUCGCGAUCGAACUGAAAUUUCAUGUUUUCUUAAAUACUCAAUUUUUAGUGUCAAUGUUGUUUGUUGGAUAUUUGGAUUAUGUAUUUUAUCGAUAGGCGUUUGGGCAUUAAAUGAGAAAAAUGUUUUUAGCAAUAUUUCGUCCAAAAUCUUUUUACAAGAUCCAGCAUUCUUUGGAAUCAUCUUUGGGUCAAUUGCUUUUAUUAUUGGCUUUACAGGAUGUGUUGGAUCGCUGCGUGAAAAUACUUUUCUCCUGUCUUUAUACACAUGGUUCCUAAUAAUCCUCCUCAUAGCUGAAAUCUUCCUCGGUGUCCUCGUUUUUAUACUUAAAGAUAAAGGAUGGAUCAAAAGUCAAGCAACAAAUGGCCUUAAAGGCUUCAUAAUGCAUUACAGGGAGGAUCCCGAUCAACAGAAUCUCAUCGAUUGGCUUCAAUCGUCGUGGGAGUGUUGCGGCAUUGACGGUCCAUCGGAUUGGGAUCAAAAUUUGUAUUUUAAUUGUACGUCCAGUAUUUUGGGAUCGAGAGAGGCGUGUGGUGUUCCUUUUUCAUGCUGUAAAACAAACACAAAUGAUAUAAUUACGAAUAAGCAAUGUGGAUAUGACGUGAGAAAAGAAGGAUUCAACCUUGAAGUGUCAAAAAUUGUCUACGAUAAAGGCUGCAUUCAAACUGGCGAGGAACUGAUGGAGGAAAAUUUGAUUAUGAUUUCCACAAUUUUUAUUUUGUGCUUGUUUUUCCAGAUCCUUGGAAUCGUAUUCUCUCAAAACCUGAGACAAGACAUUCUUGCUCAAAAAGCUAAGUGGAAAUGACAAUUGAUUUCCACAGAGCCUGUUGCCGUCUAGACUUAAUAAGAUUUUAAGAUGUUAUUUUCUACAAACUGCCGUCAAAUUCUUACUCAAAAACAUUACUUUAUUGGAGCUGGAAAUUAAAAGUUUUGAUUACUGAUUGAUGGUUUUUAGGGCUGUGUCACAUCCUAAUCUCUGAGGAGAUAAGGAUGAAGUUUAGGAAUACAAAGUAAAUUAUUAAGUUUGGGUAGAUGGUCAAUAUUUCUUUGAAUCUAAUAUUGACUGUAUGGUUGGUUCUUGUGAUUUUUUGACAUUGCUUCUCUCAUUUGGUACAAUAAUUAUCUGCGUAGACAUUCAUAGAAUCGUCGUCUAUUUUAUAAACAGUUUUAACGAAUGUGCUGCAUUUUUAAGACUCAAAAACGUCCAAAUUAUCUUCCUUUUGCUUUAACACUUACCAAAUGACUAGAUUGUAGUGGAUGUUGUCGUGCUUUUAACUUGAAUUUGCACUUAAGGUCCAAGUAGGAUACAAGGAUACAAGUAGGGCAAAAGCAGUUGCAUGGAAGCCAUGACGAUGAAAAUAUGUUGUUAAAUUCGACAAUUUUGAUGAAUUUGAUCUUAACUUUAACUCGAGACAGACAUUAACACAUCUGACAGAAUAGGAAGUAGAUUGCUGCAAUUGAAUCAACAGAUUUCCAUUUUUGCUAAGAAUUUUAUAUCCUAAAAAUGAUCAGGUCAUCUAAACUAGACACCAAAAGCAUCAACAGUAAUCAAAGCAGUUUCCAGCUCAACAAAGAAACCAGAAGGAAUGAAGAAAGUAAAACAUAAGACGAUAAAACUUAUUAAUUAUGAAAAAAGCUGUAUUUUAAAUAUUUAACACUUUAUUGUGCUAUUUUUAAGUACUUAACGACAAAGAACUUUGCCCAAAAUUUAGAAAUUUUUUAAUUGAAAAUUUUAAUGGACUGAAAAAAAAACUAAAUUAAUACUUACAUGCCGCUCCGCUCAUGCCAAUAAGCAAAGUAAAAAAAAUUAACAAUUAGUCCACAUGGCAAAACUUUGUUGCUAAUCUGUGAUUAACAUAUAAAAGUCAUAUCAAAAAAAAAAUUUAAUUAUUAUUAUUAUUAACAAUUAAUUUUGGUGAAAAAAUAAAAAAAUACAUGAAAAACGAUGAUAAUAAUUGUGUGUAACGCUUACAAGACAAAUAUGAUGAAGAAACUUAAUAUUAAUGAAGAAAGAUAAAAAAAAAAAAAAAACAAUUUAACUUUUAUUCCUUUAUAUGAAAGAUAAAACUUAAAACGUGGAAAUGGAAAAUAAUAGAAUUAAAAUAAUGAUGUUAAUGUAAAUGUAAGAUUAUUCAGUAAGUGAAG